GCAUGCUAUAUAUAAGCCGAGGCCAGGCUAUGAGGCAAAUUCAGUGAGGGUGAAUUGUAAGUCAUUUUGUGGUGUUUGAUUGUUAUUUUCUCAUUCAAUGUCUUCAACCAAAAUAACGAUCAUUUUGCACCAAAGGAAGAAGAAAGGGAGAAAAUCCAUGGAGAAAAGGAUGAGAGAGAUGAAAGUGGUGAGCAAAGAGCAAAAAAGCAUAAAAGAAGGGCAAAGGCAAGUUGGGGCAAAAUUGCAAGCUAUCAACUAUGAAUGCGGGCAGCUCCGCCGUGAAACUAAUCGAAUUAUUCAACAAACCGCCACCACUCAAAUCCGGUUAGCCCUAAUGUUCAAUAUCCUUAAAGCUCGUGAGGAAGGUGAUUUUACAAAGGCUCAUCAAUUAACUGCACUCCUUCCGUAAAUACCACUCGUUGCCUUCAAUUUUCUUUUCAUUUUGGAUUCAUAAAUUCAUGCCUUUUCUUUCCCUUGUAUGAUACUGUUUUUCUCAUUGUUUUUUCUUUCAGUGAAGUAGUAGCCAUGGAUGAGUUAAUUGCACAAAUAUAAUCCCAAUAAAACAUUAAAUUCUAGAUUUGCAUGUAA